AUGGCGGAAGGAACACGCCUGAACCGAUUAGAGGAGCUCACUAUGUCGAAUAAGCAAGAGGUCACCACCCUUAGCCGCGGUCUCGUGGAAGCUAACGAGAGGAUCGCCGAUACGCAAGCUCAGCUCACGAACAUGGACUCUUCCUUACGAUCCAUUGAAAAACUGCUUCGUGAGAAUUUGAAAUUGAAACUUAAGGUGAAUGAUUAUGGCUUCAAUGGUGACGACACCAUGGAAGGUGGUUCAGGGGCAGGGUCUGUGAGUGUGGGGGCUGAGCAACCGUGGCCCCGACUCAGAGUGAAAGUCGCCGAUCUACCAAUGUUUGACGGUGAGGGGGUGGAGGAUUGGGUGUUUCGGGCCCGCCAAUACUUAGAGACUUUUGAGAUACCCAUGGAACAACGAAUCAGGGUAUUGUCAUUUCACUUGGUAGGGGCGGCUUAUGCUUGGUAUCGGUGGGGGAUAAACAACAACAUGGCAGUUAGUGAAUCGGUGGAAGAAUAUCAAUGCCAAUUUGAAGAAUUGACCAAUCGAGUCAACGGAUUGAGUGAAGAAUGGAUAAUCUCACUAUUCGUAGCCGGACUCAAGGAGCCAUUGAAGUGUGAAUUGCUCUUGGCUCAACCUACCUCUUACGUACAAGCUGUCUCCAUCGCCAAACUGCAUGAACAAAAAAAUGCGGUAACUGCAGGCCUAGCUAGAAGCACUAUUAAUAAGCCCAUUACUCAACAAGCCCCAACCCGAUUUGCACCCAACCGCACUCUCAAUCCCAUUUACACUAAUCAGAAAAUUCAAACUAAUCCCACAUCUACCAACCCCACAAACCCUGCAAAUCUCCAUUCCACCAACACUCCCACCAAAGCACCCCAGCCACCAUUCAAGAAAUUAACAAGUGCUGAGAUUCGGGCUAGACGAGAAAAAGGAUUGUGUUACUAUUGUGAUGACAAAUAUGCACCGGGACAUCGUUGCAAGGCUUCAUAUCAAUUGCUCAUUGGGGAAGAGGAACUUCGGGAGUUGUUGCACGGAACGACAGAGGGUAAUGGAGAGGUACAUGAGUCAGACACCGAAGAAGAGGAGGAAGAGGAUGAACAGCAGAAUCCGCGGAUUAGUCUCAAUGCUUUUGAAGGGGAAUUUCACCCUGAGACCCUGCGUGUGAAGGGUACCCACGCCAACAAGCAGCUGCUGAUUUUAAUCGAUGGGGGUAGCACCCAUAAUUUUAUCAAGGGGUCCGUAGCUAAGAAGCUCAAUUUGUCUCUCACCCCUACACCUGCAUUAAAGGUAAUGGUUGGUAAUGGUGAAUCCAUAAACUGUGCUGCAAAAUGUCGAGACCUAUCACUAUUGGUGCAGGGAUACAAAUUCUCCGCGGACAUGUACGUAUUGGACCUUAAAGGAGCCGAUGUUGUGUUGGGUGUACAUUGGAUGAUGAGAUUAGGCACCAUCCGAAUUAACUACAUGGAGCUGUUUAUGAAAUUUAAGGAAAUGGGAACAUGGAUCACAUUCAGGGGUGAACGAUUGCUACGAGAGACCGAGCUUAAUUUCAGGGAGCUACGGAAACUCAGCGGAAGUAGUAACAUUGCUUCAUUGUUUCAAUUGGCAGCGAUUCCAUCGGUGGAAGAGCCCGUUCCGGAGGUAGAGGAAGUGGCUAUCCAAACAGUUAUUGAGGAAUUUAAUGAUGUUUUUGAAGAACCAAAACAACUACCCCCUCGUAGAGCUAUUGACCACCCCAUCCACCUUACACCGGGUGCAUCGCCAGUAAGCAUUCGACCAUAUAAAUAUCCCCAUUUUCAGAAGGAGGAGAUGGAGCGGUUAGUGUCGGAAAUGUUACAAGCGGGGCUGAUUAGGGAUAGCCAGAGUGCAUUCUCAAGUCCGGUUUUGCUAGUAAAAAAAAGGAUGGUGGUUGGCGAUUCUGCGUCGAUUAUAGAGCUUUGA